CCUGGUUUAGUCCUGGUUUAGUCCUGGUUUAGUCCUGGUUUAGUCCUGGUUUAGUCCUGGUUUAGUCCUGGUUUAGUUCUCUGUGUAAUCCAUUUAUUUCAACAAAGUAACUGUAAUCCAAUUCCCACUCACUGAAACAGUAACUGUAACUGAAUACAGUUACUCAUCAUUUGUACUCUGAUUACUCUGGUACUUGUAAUCUGUUACUCCCGACACUGACCACAGGACAGAAGAAGAACCAAGUGUGAAGAGUCAAAGAUCUGAAGUGUUGAAGUGAGAUCAGCGUCCAGACGGAAUCGAACCUGCAACUGAUCUGAAGAAAUAUGUUCAACUGGAGAGGUCAGGGGUCAGAGGUCGGAGGUCAGGGGUCGGAGGUCAGGGGUCAGGGGUUUGGGUUUGUAAAGGUCAGAUCGUGAGGAGCUUGUUUCUUGUUCUGGAUUUUUCCGCGUUUUUGUUUCUUUGAAGUUUGAGACUUAAUUGGAAAAAGUGAGAAACUGACCAAUCACGAGUCUCACCCGGGACCGCGCACGAGCUCACGCACGAGCCUGGAUUUGUGAUGCAAAUCAGGCUGACGUCACUUCCGCCAUAAAUAUAAUAGACGGCGGGAGCUGGUUUGAGUUUUACGCGUUUUACCAAGAGAAACUGAAUCUAAAUUAACAUUAUUUAUUUAGUCAUGUUUUCUAAAAUACACAUUAUAUAGUAAACUGUAGUAAAACAACGUGAGUUUAGUUCAUACUUAAGACUAAAAAUAAACUGUUAAACUUUUUGACAUCAGAUGUGUUCGGUUUUACGUUACCCCUGUUUGAUUUGAACAGUUUUACUCGUUUAAAUCUCAAUAUUGACUGUAUUAUUUAUCUUUAUCAAGUUCUUCAGGUUUUAUCAAGUGUGGACUAGUACGAUAUAUCAUUAAAAUGUCUGAAUCAUUUACAUAAUGUUAAUAAUAAUGACAUAUUAAUAAUGACAGAUCAGAUUGGUCAAAACAGAGACACUGGGACAUUUCUUGUGUAAAACUGGGACAAAUCCGUGGUUUUGUGUCAAUCUGCUGGGACAGGGGACACAGGCUCAAACCUGGAACUGUCCCGGGGAAACAGGGACGUGUGGUUUCCUUAAAAUCUGUGUAUAAUAAAAACAUUCUUAAAUAAACGUUUUUCUUUUCCCUGAACCGUUAGAACGAGCUGACCGUCCCAAGAUGGCGGCCGCGUUUGACGUAUGACGGUUUUUCCCUCUAGAGCGCGCCUCGCGCCGUGACUGCUUCCGCCGCUUUUAUUUGCGCCAUUUUGGAGAGGGGAGUUUGGCUCCGGGAGUAUUGUCUGUCAGGACGCCGAGCGGGCAGCACGUUCCGCGGGAGAAGAGCCGGACAGAAGCCCGGGACCGCCGCACUUCCACCGGACACACGAGCCUUUCACAGCCGCCUCAGGAGACAUGUCCGCCCGCUCUGCCCUCAGCCCGAGUCCGCGUCCCGAGCUCCGGGGUUCGGCUGUGUGAGGAGCCGGGGAGAGCCGGGGGGGAGCCGGGGGAGCCGCUGGUUCCCGUUUCCCGGGGAGAGGAAGGGGUGAGGCGGCGUCAGUGAGGAGGAGCCCCGGGGGGAGGCAGCCGGAGCUCAGCCCGAGGAGCCAGCGGGACCCGGGGCACCGGACCCGGGGAGCACAGGUCCGAACCGGGCUGACAGAAGUGAGACCGCGGCCGGAGCCGGAGGUGUGAGCAGGACUGAAGAUGUUCCAGCUGCCGGUGAAUAACCUGGGCAGCCUGAGGAAAGCUCGGAGGAACGUGAAGAAAGCUCUGGGAGACAUCGGCCUGGACUUCGCCCGAGAACAUCUCAAUGACUUUAAAGAGUUUGAGCCUCCGGAGAUUUACGUCAAACACACAACAUGGGACGACAUCUGCUCCUGGGAGCCGUCCCACACCAAAGUCCAGGACUACCGCUCGAAGCCGUUCGUGUGCUCGGGUUGUGUGUUUUCGUCCAAGUAUUUCUCUGCGUACAAAAGUCACUUCAGGAACGUUCACAGUGAAGACUUUGAGAACAACAUCCUGCUCAACUGUCCGUACUGCACCUUCAACGGGAACAAGAGCACGCUGGAGACGCACAUCAAACUCUUCCACAUGCCCAGCGCCGGCGCCAGGCCCGGGGCGCCGCCCGCCAGCGCGGCGGGCGCGAAGGACGCCGUGAAGACGGUGGGAGACAAGAUGGAGCAGGCGGUUUAUUACUGUAAGAAGUGCACGUACAAAGACCCGCUGUACAACGUGGUGCGCAAACACAUCUACAGAGAACACUUCCAGCAGGUGGCGCAGCCGUACAUCGUCAAACCGGGCGACAAGCACGCCAACGCCAACAACGCCAACACCAACAACGCCAACGCCAACAACGCCAAUGCCAACGCCCAGAUCCACUGUAAGAAGUGUCUGUUUGUGCCGCGCACGUACGAGGCGCUGGUGCAGCACGUGAUCGAGGACCACGAGAGGAUCGGGUACCAGGUGACCGCCAUGAUCGGACACACCAGCGUCCUCGUGCCCCGCCCCAAACCCGUCACCAUGGUGACGCCCAAACCGCUGCUGGAGAAGACAGUCAUCGGCAUGGGGCCGAAGGGCGCCGUCAUGGCAACCACGCGCUCGCUCUCCUCGCCGCCGCUGGGACGCGCCGCGGCGCCUAAAUCCGGCUUAGGCUCCGCCCCCCUGGGCUCUAAGGCUCCGCCCCUGAACAGCUCGGUGCGCCUCACGCUGCCCGGCAACGCACACGUCUUCGUGCCGCAGCAGUCUCACGCCGCCAAGGCCGCGCCCGGUGGGCUGCGCGCGCCCGUGCUCAUGACGUCGUCGUUGAAGGGCGGCACCCUCGGCGCCCGCGUCCAGGCCGCCGCCACCACGGUCGCCUCGGUGACGCCAAAACGCGGCUCCGCCCUGGGCACCUCCUUCACGCAGAAGUGGAAGAUCUGCACCAUCUGUAACGAGCUGUUCCCGGAGAACGUCUACAGCGCCCACUUCGAGAAGGAGCACAAGGCGGAGAAAGUCCUCGCCAUCGCCAACUACAUCAUGAAGAUCCACAACUUCACCAGUAAAUGUUUGUACUGUAACCGCUACCUGCCCAGCGACACGCUCCUCAACCACAUGCUCAUCCACGGCCUGUCCUGCGCCUUCUGCCGCGCCAACUUCAACGACGUGGAGAAGAUGGUCGCCCACAUGAGGAGCGCCCACCCCGGGGAGACCGCCGCCCCCCGCACCGACUCGCCUCUGACCUUUGACCUCACGCUCCAACAGGGAAACCCCAAGAACAUCCAGCUCCUCGUCACCACCUACAGCCUGAAGGACGCGCCCGAGGAGUCUGUGGCCUUCCACGCUCAGACCACCUCCUCCUCGCUCUCCUCCUCGCUCUCCUCCUCGCUCCUCUCCUCUCGUCGGAUGCUCCCUCUCUCCUCGAAGCUCUCGUCAGAUCCUCCUCUUCGUGGCGUGACGCAGGCGGCCGUUCCGUACAAACGAGACAUCGGAAAGACGCUGUGUCCUCUGUGCUUCUCCAUCCUCAAAGGUCCCAUCUCCGAGUCCCUCGCCCACCACCUGAAGGAGCGACACCAGGUGAUCCAGACGGUUCACCCGGUGGAGAAGAAAUUGACGUACAAGUGCAUCCACUGUCUGGGCGUCUACACGAGCAACAUGACGGCGUCCACCAUCACGCUGCACCUCGUCCACUGCCGCGGCGUGGGAAAGACUCAGACCGGCCCCUCGCCGCGCGUCCAGGCCCCGCCCGCCGCCGCCGCCAAGAGACCCGGCCCCGCCUCCGCUCCCGACGGCCCCGCCCCCAAACGCCGGCGCGGGCCCCCCGGGGAGAAGGCGCACCCCCGGGACGUGAACGCCGUGCUCUUCCCCGACGACCCGGACGAGCCGGUGACGCUGGCGCUGGACCCCCGCGGCCUCGAGUCCAAACCGCACGACGUGAAGAAGGCGUUUCUGAGCCGCUACUUCGCCAAAGCGCCGUACCCCUCCCACCGCGAGAUGGAGAAACUCGCCACGCGGCUCUGGAUGUGGAAGUCGGACAUUUUGAAUCACUUCGUGAACGAGAGGAACAGGUGUGUGCGGACGUGCCGAGCUCGGAGCGCCGGCGUCCUGCUCGGCUUCAGCAUGGAGCGACUCGCCGACAUCCGCCACCCGCUCGCCAUCGCUCACGCCGGGAACUUUAAAGGACGAGAGGGGCGGAGCCGCACGUCACGACGCCGGAUCGGCGUUUCGGAGGCGAGGAGGAGGGCCAAAGGAAAAGUGAACGGCGGCGGCGGCGCGAGGACGAUCGGUAACGGCUCGCAGCCAAUCAGAACGCAGCAGCCCGAGACCAUCGCCAUCGACUCCGACAGCGACGAAGACGAGGAGCGGCGCGGCGGCUACACCCUGAACGUGAGGGCGGGGCUAAACCAGGGGGCGGGGCCGGAGUACGAGGAGGUGGAGGACAUGUCCGAGGAAGAGGAGGAGGAGGAGGAAGAGGAGAGCGACGAAGGAGAAGAAGAAGAACAGCAGCAGCAACAACAACAACAACAACACGCCGCCCACGUCGGGAACGGCUACGGCGUCCUGCAGCCGUCAAACCGACAGACCGUGCCCAUCAUCAUCCCCAAGUUUGUCCCGUCGGCGGCUCGGAGCGGAAAACAGCAGGUCUGAGACGCCGCGGCGAGACGGAGGACGAGACGGAGGACGAGACGGAGGACGAGACGGAGGACGAGACGGAGGACGAGACGGAGGACGAGACG